CAGAUCAAUACAUAUAUAAUUUGGAUUUUUUUCAACAAUCUCAGUUCAGCAAAGAGAUCACACAAUUGAUCUAGGACUAAGACCAACGGGGUUAAUUGGUUCUGAAAAAUCAAAUGAUUCUCCAGGGUAAAGUUGUUGCGAUAACAGGAGCUGCCACAGGGAUCGGUAGAGCAAUUGCUGUGGGGAUGUCUCAGCAAGGAGCCAAAGUCGCUGUGAAUUACCUUAGCGGCCAAGAGAACGAGAUCCAAAGUCUGAAAAAAGAGAUUCCAGACAUGCUAGCAGUUGAGGGCGAUAUAAGAUAUCCCGAAACAUCACUUAAGCUUAUUGAACAAACGGUGAACAAAUUCGGUGAGCUGAACGUUUUUGUAUCGAAUGCUGGGGUUUGCAAAUUCAUGGAGUUCACAAAAAUUGACUACGAUCUCUAUAAAAACACUGUGAGCAUCAAUCUCGACGGUGCCUUUUUCGCGACACAAGCUGCUGCAGCCCAGAUGAUCAAACAAGGAAAGGGUGGAUCUAUAAUUGGAAUUUCUUCCAUUAGUGCAUUGGUGGGUGGUGGAUUGCAGGCCCAUUACACGCCUACGAAAGCCGCGAUCCUGUGUAAUGCCCUGCUCCCUGGAACGAUCAGAACUCAAUUGAACGAGGAGGACUUGCAAGAUCCACAAAAGAAGGCCUAUAUGGAAGGAAGAGUCCCAUUGGGUAGACUUGGUGUCCCAUCAGAUAUGGCAGGACCAGCAAUAUUUCUUGCCAGCGACCUGUCUGAAUAUGUGACAGGCGCCCAGAUACUGGUCGAUGGCGGUUUGUUUGUAAAUCUACAGUAA